AUGGAUCUGGACAAUGUCGCCCGUCCUGCUAUCAACAUAUGGACAUUCUUCGUCCUCGCUGCGCUGGAUAUCGCCGUAAAUGCCGCCGCCGGUCCAGCUGCAGUGGCGACGGCCGCACAUAUCAAUGGGAGUCCACUGACAGCGAGAGCAAUGCAAAUCGGUGCGCUCGCUGGAGUCACUAAAUCGGGAGUGUUGGCAUUCGUCGAAUUUGCGGGGUUCGCAGGUUUGCCAACACCCGCGUGGAUACUAUUAGCUCUAGUGGCAAGUGGCUUUGGAAUUUGUGUCCUGGUCACGGCAGAGGUUAGCAAUUUGGUUAUUGGAGAAAGUGAGUGCCAGCCUGUCUGGAAUAUUGCAUAG